AUGAACGAAAUUCGCCCCAUCAACUGGACGGGCAGCCGGUUGGAGCUUCUUGACCAGACGCUCCUGCCCCACCAGCACGUUACCGUACGCAUUACCGAUUACCGUGCCGCCGCCGCCGCCAUCACCGAGAUGCGCGUGCGCGGCGCCCCCGCCAUCGGAGUGACCGCCGGCUACGCCAUGGUGCUGGCCGCCGCUGAGUUGCAGUCCCGGGAGCGGGACCACUUCAUCGGCGCGCUGCGGGAAGCCGGAGCCCACAUCGCCGCCGCCCGACCCACCGCCGUCAACCUCGGCUGGGCCGUGCGCCGCAUGAUGCGGGUGGCGGAGGCGGAGCCCGACCCGGGCAGUAUUCGGCCCCGACUGGAGCAGGAAGCCCGUCGCAUCCAGGAGGAGGACGAGGCGAUCAACCGGCGUAUCGGCGAGCACGGGCGCGCCCUGAUGCCAGCCGACGGCCAGGGAGUGCUGACCCACUGCAACACGGGCGCGCUGGCGACUUCGGCCUUCGGCACCGCCCUGGGCGUGAUACGCGCGGGAUGGGAGGCCGGCGGCCGCUUCAAGGUGUACAACACCGAGACGAGGCCCUGGUUGCAGGGCGCGCGUCUCACCUCGUGGGAGUUCCAGCAACUGGGAAUACCCGCCACCCUCAUCGCCGAUUCCGCAGCCGGAGUGUUGAUGCAGCGGGGCGAGGUUUCCUGCGUAAUCACCGGCGCGGACCGCGUCGCUGCCAACGGCGACACCGCCAACAAGGUGGGCACGUACACGCUGGCGGUGCUGGCCCAUGAGAACGGCAUCCCGUUCUACAUCGCCGCGCCCACCAGCACCGUGGACCUGGCCAUUGCCCACGGCGACGACAUCGCCAUCGAGGAGCGGCCCCAGCACGAGGUGACCGGCUACGGAGGCACUCCCAUCGCCCCUGAAGGCACGCCGGCCUACAACCCGGCUUUCGACGUGACGCCGCACCGCUACAUCGCCGGCAUCGUCACCGAAACAACGGUGUGCCGACCGCCGUACACCGAAUCGCUGCGGCAAGCGGUGGACGCUGCCUGA